CCCCGGGCGGGGCCAGGCGGCAGCGGGAGCGCGCUCGGCGGCAGCCGGGAGCCCGGCAGGGCACCUCCAGCGCUGCUCCGGCCAUGGAUCCGCUGCCCAAAGACGGCGAGAGCGCGGCGGGCGGGGAGCCCAGCCGGGGCGCUGCCCCCUCCAGCGGGGUGGUGGUGCAGGUCCGGGAGAAGAAGGGCCCCUUGCGCGCAGCCAUCCCCUACAUGCCGUUCCCCGUGGCUGUCAUCUGCCUCUUCCUCAACACCUUCGUGCCAGGGCUGGGAACGUUUGUAUCAGCUUUCACUGUGCUGUGUGGAGCCCGGACUGAUCUCCCCGACAGGCACAUAUGCUGUGUCUUCUGGCUGAACAUUGCUGCUGCGCUGAUCCAGAUCCUGACAGCAAUUGUGAUGGUCGGCUGGAUUAUGAGUAUAUUCUGGGGAAUGGACAUGGUCAUUCUUGCAAUUUCACAAGGCUCCAAGGAGCAGGGAAUCCCACAGCAGCUGUAGUGGCUGGGACAAGUAUGUUCAGAGAAACACGGCGAGCGAUGUCCUUGGGCAGCUGUAGGCCAUGGACCUUCUCAUUACCCUUUGUCUCUCUUCUUCCUUUUGUUUUGUGCCUGCCCCCGGUCCACCUGCCUGUCCAGCGGAGCGGCGGUACCGAGCACCCGAGGGAGACUUGCACUGACUGAGCAGCAGAGAUGGGGCGAGCGCACCGCGCCUCAGGACUGGCCCCAGCGAGCCAGCGAUGGGCGGCCGAGGAGGAGGAAGAAGAGGGUGCCAAGGGGAGGGAGGCCCCUGGGCAGGGUGGCACCUGGUCAGGCAGUGGCACCAAGGGGGUGGAGAUGCUGCGCUCUCUGCUGUCCCAGCAGGAAGUGGCCAGAGCUGUUUUGCCUCCUGUUUCGCUCGCUGUUAAAGAAAACCAGUUGUGAACAUCAAAUGCCAAGGAGCUAUUAAUAGAUAUGUGUACAGUCUGUAAAAGCAAACAAGUUGUACAAUUUUUCCCCUCCAAGAAGCCAUUCUUGACUGCUUCGUGGCAACAAAGGGCUCAGCCCGGCCUCCUCUGCUGUGUAUUUAUGAUGCUCGGCAAAGCUCUAUCAUUGCAAACGUCCUAGAAACGUGCUUCCUGUAAAUCGUGUUGUGCUGCUGAACUGAGUUGGGCCAUCCCCUCCUUCGAUCCACGGGCACCAUGCAAGCACCUGCCCCCACCAGCCCUGGGAGGCUCCUGCAAGCAGCAGACAGGGCACCCCAAGCUUCCAAAAGCUCCUGCUGUAAAGGCUUUUCCACCUCUUCCCCUGGGAGGGAUGUGCUGGCAGCAUCUCCUUGCUUUGGAAAUGGAUCCCUGCAGUGCAACCCACGGUACCGGCUGACACUGCAGCUCUGCUCUGCUACCCAGGGGCCAGAAGAAUCACCCAGCACCUUCGUUCCUCCCCUGCUGCAGGUGCACGUUGCGUCCUGUAGGUCUCACCUGUGCCUGAAGGAGCAAAGCCCCGGCCCCCUCCUCACUGGACACAUCAGCUGAUGCUUCCACCAGAAUAUUCCCCUCUGCCUCCCUUCACAGUGCAGCAAACACAAGCAGGCUGUGCUUCUUGCUGAUCUCUGCACACAAUCCAGCUGCCAACCUGGACUUAGACGUGCAGCACUGAGCUGGCUCCGUAUCAUCCCUCGCUUUGUGAGUAUAAGUGUUUUAGGUGCAAGUGUUACAGCUAAAGAGCAAUAGUCACUUCUGAAGACUGCGACUGCUUCACCACCAUCAGCCAGCAACAAACUAUUUUCUGCUGCUCUUUUCCUGAUUGUGAAAACCAUGUCUUUCAAAAAGGGCUGCAAUGGAGCAGUUUCAGCCAGGCUGAAAUGCUGCUUUACUGCUUGUCGGGAAGCACUGUCAGGUAGAGACCAAACCCAAUGCCUUCCUGAAGUUGUGGUGUCCUCCUCUUGCCCUACCACUGCACAGCACCACAGGGGCACUGCACCAGGCUUUGUCCUACAAGUACGCUUCUUUUUUGAUCUAUUCAGCCUGAACAACACCUUCUACAUGUCGACACCAACACUUCAUUGGCGCUCAGAAUGGCCCAAGAAGAGCCAUAAACGCAGACAAACCUAAUGUUCCUUCCAGCCUGCAGUGGAGGCUUCUCCCAGGUGCUCAGUGGCGAUGCAUCCCUGUGGUUCCCAGCUGAGGUUUCUCUGUUUGUGCACACAACUCACUUCCAGGCAGUUUGGGGAUUGAUUUUCCUACCUGGAACUCAGCAUUUCCAGUUUGCCUGUGUACCACCCCAAGUGACCGUGGCACCAGAUGAGCUGGGAUAAGUGCAGCAAGCCCAGCAGGAGCCCGUACCGCCUACCAGCCAUCCUUUCCCCCAUCGUCUGUAAUUGUGACCUCUCCCUGCACUCACCCAGAGGGCAGCAGCUCUCCCUUGGUAUGCCUCUGCCCUAGUGAGGAGGGAACUGAUGCCAGCGUGCAUCAUCUGCUCCCUAUAUGGAGUUGGUGCUGGUGCCCUAACGUUCAGCCUGUUUCUGUUUCUAUGCUGGCGCCCGACCUGAUCCCUGUAGUCAUGGAGGAGGGUUUGUGUGCCCGCUGAUCUUGCCAACUGGUUGUGCUGUGCUGUGUUUUGAUACUGUGGAUUUUCUCUCUCUCUCUCUCUCUUUUUUUUUUAAGUUAAAUAUAUUCUAUUGCUGUACAGCUGGAACGAAACACAUUCUCUUUAUGUAGCCCAGAGAAACUCUGCCAGGCCUGAAUUUAGAUGAGGUUUCUUCCCAUGGGGCAGCAGAGGUCUGGCUGGGGUCCUCACUUCAGUGCGGCCAUCUCUGCACUGCUGAGACAGUGAGAGCAAAGCCCCCCCUGUAGCUGGUGGGGUGCUCACCUUCACACUUUGAAACGACUCUGGUCACGUUCCCAUAGAUGAGCUAGUGCCACUGGGCAGGUGGGCUCUGGGGAGGGUAUGAAGUGAUCAUGGUGUGGCUGUGAGAGUUUGCAAGGGAACAUCACAGCGGCGAGGAGGAGGACGGCGGCUACGAGCCCAGCGGGAGCACCACGUUACACCGCGGGAGCUGCAGCGAUGCUGCGGCACCACCUUGCGGCUGCGGCCGUGCAAUGCCCCGCAAACACGGGAGGGGAAGAGAGUUGAGAGGGUGUGAAGCCUGGGUGAUCCCAUCUGCUGCCCUACAGCCUGCGGCACACAGCUCUCCCCAUUAGCCCCUUCACGCACUGACCUCCACGUGCAUGUGGUUAUAGGGAGGUGGGUGUUGCAUUGGGGAUGCACAGCAGAGGGGGGCCAGCACUACCAGCAAGAACAAGAACAUAUUGUUGGAGGGCUGUAAAGUUGUGCUGGCAUUUCAGUUCAGUAUGGGACUGCAAAAUGGGGAUCUUCAUUCACAUUGCGCUCCUUCAGUAAAGUAAACCCUAAGUAAAAGUGAAACUGGAAAUGGAUUUGGAACCAGACACGUAAGUAAAAGAGAAAUGGUAAUAUAACUAGAAGUGGAAAUGGCUGCAGGAGUGGAAUCAGACAUAGAAAUGAAAGCAGGAGUGGAAACGGAGCCAUCCCAAACCAUGUUGAGCCCUUAUAAGACAAGCCAGGCCAAACAAAGUGCUGUGCUGAGCUUUGCUGACUUGUGCUAGGCCAGCUGGAGCUGUACUAAGCCAUGCCAUUCAUGGUCAAACCAACCCCAUCCAUUUCAAGCCAAUCCAAUCUGAACAAACCUGGCCCAACUCACGACAACUUGAGCCAAGUCGCUUUGAACCCUGCUGUGCCAGUCUGAGCCACACAGAGCCACACCAAAUCAUGCCAGGCCAACUCCACCUGAUCCAUUCUGAGCCCUGUCAAGCCAAAUUGUCCCAGGCUGACCCAACACAGGUCAAUCUGAGCGGAGCCACGCAGUACCAAGCUGUGCCAAUCCUACCUGAUCUUUUUGGAGCUGAACAGACCAGUUCCAAGCUAGGCCAAUCCAUGCCCAGCCACACUAAACCAAGCACUGAAUCAUGAAUAAAUCAUACUGAUCCAAGCUAUGCCAAGCCAAGUUGUGCUGAAUAGUGCCAGUCUGAGCUCUGCUGGACUGUGCUAGGCUGAUCUGACCAGGGCCACUUCAAGCCAAGCUGAACUGACCCUGUCCAACUUGGUCUGAACCAUUCAGUUUUGACCUAAGCCACUCACCCAUGCUGUGCCGAGCCAGCCUGACCUGAUCCAACACGAGCCAACCCAAGUUGUGCCAUGCUGAGCCAUUCUGAACACUACUGGGCUGACCUUACCCCGUCUGCUCUGAGCUGAGACAAGCUGAUUUGGAGCAAACCAAUCUUGACCAGCCUCCAAUCUCAGCCUGAUACAAGUUGCAGCAUUAAGCUUGUUAACCCUCACUGAUGGACAGCCCAGUCACUUGUUCAGAAAACAGUAAGAAUCUCUGCCCUUGUACCAAGUAGAUAACGAUGAUAUACUGAACUCCUUGUACCAAGUAGAUAAGGAAGUUCUGCUUGAAUCAGCUGAUUUUGUGAAAGCCAGUAUUGUGCGAUCAAGGCAAGGAGCUAAACGAGCAUGCAAGACUGACUUUAUAUCAGGCAAAAAGGUAACAACUGCCUCUAACUAGUUUUUAGGACCUGUGAAAGGUAUUAAUCACAAGACCGGUAGUAU